UCGCAGCCGUCGCUGCCAAUCCGCGUCGCGGAAGGAACGAACCUGCGGCCCCUGGAGCGAGUGAGUGACUGCGGCGCCGCCCGCCGGUCGCAGGCGUGGCUGGUUCCCGGCGUUCACCCGCCUCCUUGCCUUUGGUUUCCCCAAAGAAGGCGGGCGGGCGAGCGGCGUGCAGCCCCGCGGCGCCUCCCUGCAAGCCUUUCCCCAAAUAGGGCCUCUCCGUCCCCACCGUCCGCGCCCACGCGUGGGCUGGGCGCGCUAUCCCCACAUCGCAGCCGGUGUAGCCUCCGCAUCUUGGUCUCCCGGUCCCUGCUCUGUCGCCCCUCCGCCUGAGCGGUCGCCGCCCGUUCCGUCGUUCCUCCGCUGCCACCGCUGCCGGCACCAUGGGCAGUGAGCAGAGCUCCGAGGCCGAGAGCCGACCCAACGAUCUGAACUCCUCAGUGACCCCUUCUCCAGCUAAGCAUAGAGCCAAGAUGGACGAUAUUGUGGUUGUAGCUCAAGGCUCCCAGGCCUCAAGGAACGUCAGCAACGAUCCUGAUGUCAUCAAGUUGCAAGAGAUUCCAACCUUCCAGCCACUCUUGAAAGGGCUGUUGAGUGGCCAGACUUCCCCAACAAACACCAAACUGGAGAAACUGGAUUCUCAGCAAGUGCUGCAGCUCUGUCUCCGCUAUCAGGACCACCUCCAUCAGUGCGCCGAGGCUGUUGCUUUUGAUCAGAACGCUUUGGUGAAACGAAUCAAAGAGAUGGAUCUGUCUGUAGAAACCCUCUUUAGCUUCAUGCAGGAGCGCCAGAAAAGGUACGCCAAAUACGCCGAGCAGAUCCAAAAGGUCAACGAGAUGUCAGCCAUCCUGCGUCGCAUCCAGAUGGGCAUAGACCAGACGGUACCGCUGCUGGAGCGGCUCAACAGCCUGCUGCCCGAGGCCGAGCGCCUGGAGCCCUUCAGCGUGAAGCCCGACCGGGAGCUCAGGCUGUAGCCAGGUCCCCCAGCACCGCCAGGCUCCCAGGCUCCGGGGCCUUUGGAGCCAGAGACACAAGAGGUGACCUAGGUCAGGGGAGUGUGGUGCUCCCUGAGGGCACGGGAGGCAGUCCGUUGCCCUGGAGACCUGUGAUGCCCCAGCUCUCCCCUUGACGCACUUUCCCCUGCAAAGCCAACCAACCUGUCCUCCCUGGUCUCCGAAGUGGGAAUAUUUGAACUCUUAGGAAUUCUGUACAGAACCCUGCCUUGGGAAUUAUUAUUUUUUUAAUUUAGUUUGCUUUUUUUUUUUAUUGACAGUUUAUAUUAUCUAAUCUAGCUUGCAGACUGAAACUAUGAAGAGAAGGGGGAAGAGGAUUUGAGGAAGCCCUGUGUCUGAUGCCUCUGUGACAUUUUUCUCCAUAGGCUGUCCGGGUUGUAAAGAUAAAGAACUAACUUAAUCCAGGUGUGUGUGUCAUGUUUCCAUUGCAGCCAGUCUCGAUCUGGCCUGGCAGGGCGCUGGCAUCGCUCCUCUGACAGCUUAGGGUGUCCCUGCUGUGUCGUCACUAGAAACUGAAGCCUCCCUUUCCACAGCCUGGCUGGGUCCGUCUCCCACUGAUAAUGGGUUUCCUUGAUGCAGACAUAGUUUAGGUUUCCUCUCGUUACAUCAGCGUUGGCAGGACUCCAGUUUCUGAAGCAGGUUUUAGCCAGCAUCGCUUUAGCAGUUUCGCAGACGCGUGGAGCGGAGGGGAAAAGCGCACACCCAGAGGCAUCCACGGGGCCCACUGCCUGGGCCAGACACUGUGUCUGCAUGCAAAAAGGGCUGUGUAGUCCCUGCCCUUCUUUUCUGAAGAGAAAAAACAACUCCAAGCGCUGCUGAAUUUCUCUGGGAGUUUAGGAAAUGAAGCAAUUUGAGGAACCACAGAAGUUCUUAGCACAGUACUUUGCACGUCAUAAAGGUUCUAGUGGACGAGAAGACUGCAGAAGCCAAGAAAUGGAAUGCAGGACCGACCCAGGCCGGAAGACAGAGCCCAGGAGCUGGGGAUAGAGGGAGGUCACUGGGGCCCACGGGGCUCUGAGGUUUCUCCGGACCUCAGAGGGUGAUUUUUUACGUGUCCAAACAGCCUUCGGUAUAUUUAUAAGGUUAAAAUUGAUCCCACUUAAUUUAGCAUCUUUCAGGUAAACGUCAUCUGAUUCUUCUAAUCAGAUUUUGAUUGAAUUUGAUCGAACACUAUCCUGUAAGGUUCUUAGAACCCAGAGUAAAAUGUAGAGCAUAAAACAACUGCAUGAUGGCUCAAGUAUAAACAUUCCAAGCUCAAUGGAAAAUAUAAUUUUCUAAAAUUCAGACGUGUAAAAAUCAACAGCUUCCAGAAUUCUCUAGGGAGCAAGACAUAUCAAGAUGGUUCACUCUCUCGGAGCCGGAAAGACAGGUUGGAACCCAGAGCCAAAUGCAGAGGCCAAGAUGGCGUCUGCCUUCCUCAGAGGGCACCCUCCUGGGAACCGCUUCUUAGCACCAUGAGGCAAGUGGGUAGACACCCAGCCCAGGAAGGUGAAGUGGCCUGAGGGAGCUAGGGAGGGGUUGGAAGCUCUGCACUGGGAGUGGGGAGCUAGACUUUCAGAGGUCAGAGGUUUGGGGGCCAUUCUGGUGAAAGAAGCUCUUCUUUUUCUUUUUUUUCCAAGUUGUAUUCCCUCCUGUUUUGUUUUUUUUUUAAUUAUUUAUUUUAAUUGGAGGGUAAUUACUUCACAAUGUUGUGGUGGUUUUUGCCAUACGUCACUGUGAAUCAGCCACAACUAUACUUGUGGUCCCCCCACCUCCUGAACCCCCUUCCCACCUCCCUCCUCACCCUGUCCCUCUAGGUUGUCCCAGAGCACCAUCUCUGGGUGCCCUGAGAAGCUUGUCUUUAUAAAUGCCAUUGAUGGCCGGGAUUUCAGUGGGGCUUUGAACCGUUUCUGGAGCAAUUCAUCAGAGUUCACAUCAGGAAAGAUAUUCUGUAAUUUUAGAAACCUGUUGAGUAGCUAAGGUUACUCUAGGAAAUGUUACAGAUGGGAAGGCCACAAUGUUUGUUAAAUAAUGCCCCCCACCCACUGCCACAUUGCUGUGUUCCUCCUGUGUAUUAAAUUUUCAUGUAAUUGAGAA